AUGAUCAUCGCAUUAAAAGCAAAGGACAAGCUAGGAUUCAUAAACGGCAAAUGCAAAAUGCCAGAACAAAAUGAUAAAAAUUAUGAAGAAUGGCAGAAGACUGAUAACGUGGUAAUGUCUUGGAUCUUGAAUACUCUUUCAAAAGAACUGGCUGAAAUUUUUCUUUAUGCUACAAAUGCCUAUGAAUUGUGGGAAGAACUAAAGGAAAGAUUUAGAGAUAGUAAUGGUCCCUUAAUGUACCAAUUAAUGAAGGAAAUCAAUAACGUUAGUCAAGCAAACAUCAAUCUCAUGAUAUAUUACACAAAAUUAAAAAAAUUAUGGGAUGAAUAUGCAUAUUUAGAACCAAUUCUUGUGUGUGAUUAUGGUACAGCAAAGUUAUUUGCUGAUAUAGAAGGUAAACACAAAUUAAUGCAAUUCUUGAUGGGUCUAAAUGAGACAUAUGACCAUAUAAGGAAUCAGAUCCUCAUCAUGGAACCCUGUGUAAACAAGGCCUAUCCCAUGAUCUUAAGGAUUGAAAAGCAGAGAGAAGCACAAAACGAAGAAGCUGAAAACAGUGUAAUGGCAGCAAAGGUCUCAGAAAGCAACAAAGAUAGAACAUGGAGAACUCAAUACAAGAAAAAAGAUGACAGAACAUGCAUUUACUGCAAAGCCACAGGAUAUGUAAAGGAAACUUGCUUCAAGCUCAAUGGAUAUCUAGAUUGGUUCAAUAAACUCAAACAGAAAAAGGCCAAAGGAAAAGGUAAUGUUGCGGCUCAAGUGUAUGAAACACCUCUAAACUGUGAUGACAACCAUAUUCAGAACAAAGCUGAGUGGAACAUGGAGUCAUUAAUACAAGAAAUGAUGAAGUACAUGAAGAAUCAUAGCCAAGGUACUACUGGCAGCAAUGAUGCCAACUGUGUGAAUUACACUGGAUUUCAAAGAUUGAGUUUCAAUAAAAGCAAGAUCACUUCUACAAUACCAUUUGAGCUAAUUCAUGUAGACCUUUGGGGUCCAUAUUCAGUAAUUUCAGUUUCAAAUGCAAGAUAUGUAUUGACCAUAGUUGAUGAUUACACUACAACAUUUCUUAUAUUGACAGAGUUCAUUGCCAUGAUCAACAACCAUUUUCAUAAAUCACUGAAGAACUUGAGAUCAAAUAAAGGGACAGAAUUUGUAAAUCAAGAUUGUAGCAAAUGGUUGAAGAAAAAGGGCAUUAUCCAUUAG